CCACGCUUGGAGUUGGUUGCCCAAGUCAGUCUACUCGAAAUGGCGAUUCUGCUCGGUUUGGUGGUCGGUGUCCUUACCCUCGCCGCUUGGUGGGUGCUCCAGAACUACACCUACUGGAAACGGCGCGGUAUUCCCCAUGAUCCACCCAACAUUCCGCUUGGCAAUAUCAGCGAUCUGUGGAAAACGAUGCCGCUGGCCGGCAUCCUUAAGCGAACCUACCUCAAAUUCAGGAAACAGACAGAUGGGCCUUUUGUGGGCUUCUACCUGUAUUCCAUGAAAUACAUCGUCAUCACCGACGUGGAUUUCUUGAAAACCGUGCUGAUACGCGACUUUGACAAGUUUCACGAUCGCGGGGUGUAUCACAACGAGAAGGAUGACCCGUUGACCAAUAACCUGGCAACCAUCGAGGGUGAAAAGUGGAAGAGUCUGCGGCAAAAGCUGACCCCAACAUUUACGGCACUCAAAAUGAAGAACAUGUUUCCCACCGUCUUAAGUGUGGGCGAUGAGAUGAUUCGGGUGGUCGAUGAGAAGAUCUCCAGUUCAUCGCAGACCCUGGAAGUCACCGACCUCGUGUCCCGCUUCACAGCCGACGUAAUUGGAGUCUGCGCCUUUGGCCUGGAAUGCAAUAGCAUGCGGGAUCCUAAGGCGGAGUUCGUCCAAAUGGGCUACUCGGCGCUGAGGGAACGCCGACAUGGCUGGCUGGUGGAUCUACUAAUCUUCGGAAUGCCAAAGUUGGCGGUGAAACUGGGACUUCAGUUCUUGCUUCCCUCGGUGCAGGAGUUCUACAUGAAAAUCGUCCGGGACACAAUAGAUUACAGGGUGAAGAGCAAGGUGACUCGAAACGAUUUCAUGGAUACGCUGAUUGACAUGAAACUGCAGUACGAUAGAGGCGACAAGGAAAAUGGACUCACCUUCAAUGAAGUCGCUGCCCAAGCCUUUAUAUUCUUUCUGGCUGGUUUUGAGGCGGGCUCCACAACCAUGGGAUUCACUCUCUACGAGCUGGCCUGCAAUCAGGAUGUUCAGGAUAAGUUGAGGGCUGAAAUCGACAGUGUGCUGGAUAAACACAACGGAAAACUAGAAUUCGAUGCCAUGCAGGAGUUGACAUAUACGGAAAAGGUCAUCAAUGAAUCGCUAAGGAAACAUCCUGUGGUUGCCCACUUGGCUCGCAUUGCCACCAAGCCAUACCAGCACAGUAAUCCAAAGUAUUUCAUCGAGGAAGGCACUGGAGUGCUGGUGUCCACCAUGGGCAUCCAUUAUGACCCCGAGUUUUAUCCGGAGCCGGAAAAGUUCAUCCCAGAGCGUUUCGAUGAAGAGCAGGUGAAGAAGCGUCCCACCUGCGCAUUCCUACCCUUCGGAGCUGGUCCCCGAAAUUGCAUUGGACUUCGAUUCGGACGGAUGCAGGUCGUCAUUGGGUUGGCCCUGCUUAUUCACAACUUCAGGUUCGAAUUGCAUCCCGAGACGCCAGUGCCGAUGAAAUACACAGCCAAGAACCUUCUGCUGGGCUCCGAAGCAGGAAUCCAUCUCAAUGUCUCCAAGGUAGUGAGAGACUAAAGUGUUAUUUAUUUAGUUGUUUCCGUUGUUAGUUAAUUAGUGUAUAUUAUUGAAUAAGUAAGUUUUAAAAUGUUUUUGUUAUCAUUUUAAGAAAUCUGUUUUACCAAACGUCUUAAAAAUGUUAUGUUAAAGAGCCGCUUGUCACCAAAAUUAUGUUUUCAAAGAUUAAUACGUACUCCUUUAAAAUACUAAAAAGCCUUUAUUAUAUCAAAAAAUCACCCAGAAAAUAAACCGAUAACUUUAAAUCUUUUUUUAAAAAA